CACUCUCCUCUAAUCUCUCUUCCAAUUAAUCUCAUCUCCCCUAAUCUCACCACCCAUUCUCUCCGCUUGCCCGUCUCCCCCCAUAUUUCUCUCGUUUCACCUUUUUGCUGCCUUCCCCGCCCGCUCUUUCACUCUGCUCUGCUGGAUCCUCGACCCGCCAGCCCACAAAAGCUACCGCCUCUCCUCUCGCUCCUCUUUUUCCCUUGUUGUGGAGUCAAGAUCCGUCUCCGGACGCGGACUUCUUCCCUUGGUUCUUCUUCUUCGUUGCACCCUGAUAAUCAAGAUCGAAUCGAAGGCACAAGUCGACACCACCGGACUUCACUUCUCGACUCUCAAUGAAGGUGCGGCGCCACUCCAAGCUCGCCGCCGCUCCUGGCCCAGAUAACGAUUUGCACGGAGAUGAAUUGAACUCUCAACCAUUCUGAGGGCUGGGUAGUGCUGAAAAUGGUCAUAUGAAGCUUCAACAUGAAAGCUCCGAUGCCGAGGUGUUGGUCUCGGCAGCAUCAAGGAACCUUUCGUCCUCGUCCUCGACAUUUGUUUCAGCAAACCAAUCCCCUUUCUUCACACCACGGUCACUGUCUGCUCGUGUCCCGGAGCAUGCUGAUCCCGAGAACAAGUGCUCCUUAAAUGGCAUCGUGCUGAAAAUCAGUGACAUACUCUCCAGUGACUCCUUGAUACAACAGGAGCAGAUACCAUCAGCAAACGUGAGGAUCUUGCCAUCAGAUGCUUCUCCUCCUAUUAGCCUUUGCACCUCAAGCAAUUUUGGGACUCCAGCAAUUGUCUACAACAAUCCCAGCUUCAUUUCCACCUUCAAUGGCCCAUGCCAAGGUAGUUCAUCAGCAACUAGCAAUGGUGGUCGUUCGACUCGAAAGGCGAAGCACAAGAGAUUGGGGGGAAUAUGUCAGAAAUCUUCAUCAUCUCAACCGAUGACAUCAGCUGUCUCUGUCAGCAGGCUUCGGAGUUAUGAUGUGUACAUUGGAUUUCAUGGCCGCAAGGCUUCACUGCUGAGGUUCACGAACUGGCUUCGUGCAGAACUCGAGAUCCAUGGAAUUAGCUGCUUUGCUUCUGACAGGUCUAGAUGCUGGAAUUCUCACAGCCAUGAUGCUGUCGAGAGGAUAAUGAAUGCUUCCACAUAUGGAGUUGUUAUCCUCACAAAGAAGUCAUUUGGCAACCCUUAUACCAUUGAGGAGCUCAGGAACUUCUUCGGCAAGAAAAAUCUUAUCCCUUUAUUUUUUGACUUGGGUGCUGCUGAUUGCUUUACAAGGGAUAUCAUCGAGAAGAGAGGAGAACUGUGGGAGAAACAUGGUGGUGAGCUGUGGAUGUUGUAUGGUGGGAUGGAACAUGAAUGGAUGGAAUCGGUUGAUGCUCUUUCUCGGGUGGUAGAUGUGCAAUUAGAAGCAAAUGAUGGCAAUUGGAGAGAUUGCAUACUGCAAACAGUUAUUGUUUUGGCCACAAAACUGGGCAGGAGAAGUGUAGUUGAUAGGGUGAACAGGUGGAGAGGGAGGCUGGAGAAGGAGGAAUUUCCUUUCCCUCGUAACGAUGAUUUUGUUGGGAGGAAAAAAGAACUCUCGGAAUUGGAGCUCAUUUUGUUUGGUGAUGUUACCGGAGAUGGAGAAAGGGAAUAUUUUGAGCUCAAGACAAAGCAGAGAAGAAAAGGCCACGUGGUCAGGGGGUCUGCUAAUAAUCAUGAGCAAGUUAAUACCGAUGACUGCAAAUGUAAGGAGCCAAUUUUGUGGAAGGAGACUGAGAAAGACAUUGAGAUGCAGAGACUAGGCAGUCCACCGCGGCAUGGGCGUCCAUUGAGAGUGAAGAAUGGGGUAAGGUAUGGGACGAAGAAAAGAUCUAGGAACAUACUUUAUGGAAAGGGUAUUGCUUGCAUAUCAGGGGAGUCUGGAAUUGGCAAGACAGACUUGGUUUUGGAGUAUGCAUACAGAUUCUGCCAGAGAUAUAAGAUGGUUUUAUGGAUCAGAGGGGAAAGCAGAUAUAUUCGACAAAACUAUUUGGCUCUUCAGACUUUUCUGGAAGUAGAUUUAAGCACAGAUAGUCACUUGCAUGAGAAAGGAAGUGACCAAUGCUUUGAAGAGCAGGAAGAGGAUGCCAUUGCCAAAAUUCGGCAAGAAUUGAUGUGCAACAUACCAUUUUUAGUAAUAAUUGAUAAUUUGGAGAGCGAGAAGGACUGGUGGGAUAAGAGAGUCAUAAUGGACCUUCUGCCACACUUCGGUGGGGAGACUCACUUUAUCAUAACAACAUGUCUUCCACGUGUGAUGAACUUGGAACCAAUGAAGCUUUCUUAUUUAUCUGGUGCUGAGGCAAUGACACUAAUGAAGGGAGGUGUCAAGGACUAUCCAUUGUUGGAAAUCGAUGCACUCAAGAUCAUUGAGGAAAAGCUUGGAAGACUCACUCUUGGCCUAAGUAUUGUUGGAGCUAUAGUCUCAGAGCUUCCAAUCACUCCAACUAGGCUUCUUGACACAUUGAAUCGGACACCGCCCAUAAGAGAUUUUUUUUGGAAUGAGAGAGAAGUUCUCAGCUUGAAAAAUCAUGAAAUCCUUGUCCGGCUGCUGGAUGUGUGCUUAUUGAUAUUUGAUCAUGCAGAUGGUCCAAGGAGUCUGGCAACUCGGAUGGUUCAAAUGUGUGGUUGGUUUGCACCUUCUGCAGUUCCAAUUCACAUGUUGGCUCUGGCUGCACAUAAAGUCCCAAAGAAGCACCGGAGGGGUCCAAGGUGGAGGAAGUGGUGGCAGACACUAACUUGUGGCCUUGCAACUUCUAGGAUGAAGAGAUCUGAAGCUGAAGCGGUUGCAAUGUUAAUGAGGUUCGGAAUUGCCAGAUGCAGUGCAAAGCCUGAACAUGUACAGUUCCAUGGUCUGAUCAGGCUAUAUUCUCGAAAACGAGGAGGCACACGAAUGGCUCAGGCUGUGGUCCAAUCAGUAUACCUCCAAGGCUCAAUCAAAGAUUCUUCUGAGCACCUGUGGGCUUCCUGCUUCAUGGUUUUUGGAUUUGGUUCUGAUCCUCUGCUGGUAGAACUUAGGCCAUCUGAAUUGAUGUUCUUUGUGAAACAGAUUGUCGUGCCACUUGCGAUACACACAUUUAUCACCUACUACCGAUGUAACGUGGCACUAGAGCUGCUGCGCCUGUGCUCUGACGCGUUAGAGCAGGCAGCUGAGUCCAUGCUUGCUCAUGCUGGCAAAUGGAGAGAAGCAUCAUUCUCCUGCUUUAGGCCAGCUCAGUCAGAAGCCCAGUACACUUAUCUUUGGCAGGAGCUGGCUCUUCUGAAAGCUUCAGUAUUGGAAACAAGGGUCAAGCUGAUGCUCCGAGGUGGACAGUAUGACAUUGGAGAUGACCUAAUAAGGAAGGCCAUAUUUAUCCGCACUUCCAUCUGCGGCGAGCAACAUCCUGACACAAUUUCUGCUCGAGAAACCCUCAGUAAACUCACAAGGCUUCUUACAACUGUUCAGCUUAGUUGAUUCAUAUAGUUUAGGAGUUCACCAAUAUAUUCUUUUCAGUGUGGCUUUUCAUGAACGCCGUACAAAAUGCACCAGAUCUUGAAGUAACAAAGUAAAUUUGUCUUCAAUAUUCUUUACAUUCUUUCUUGUUGCUGGGCAGUACCUUCUCUUCAGCUUCAGCAUUUCCUUAUUUCAUCAAUAUGCUAUCAUUAGAGUAAGUUACUAUGUUUAUGUUUUCUCAACUAUGCUUGCAACUGCAUGCACAGAAUAUUUUGAGCUAAUGUGUAAGUUCGCAUCCCUAAAUGAUAAGAUAUCAUUAUUUUGCUCAAAGCUACAGUCCUGUGCAUUAUCACUCUGAUGGUUGGGUCCAGUCGAAUUCACACAUGAACUGUUUGCAUUUGCUGUGUUGUUUGUUCAAGAGCUGGACAUUUGUUUUAUAGCUCAGCAGUUGCAUAGUGGCAUCAAGUGCAGCUAACAUUAGUUUGAGAAGAGCAUGGAUCCCCGAAGUUGCACCAUGCUGUCAUCCACUUUCGCAUUCCUCUGUAAUGAACUUACAUGCUUCAUGUGGUACAUUUAAAUUAGCUGCUAUAAAUAUCAAUAACAAAGCAACUAAGUUAUCAGCAGUUGUCAUGAUUGCAAGCUUCAGCUCAGGGAUGUAAAUAUUUAGGACUGAUUUGCCAAAUCCUGGCAGAUGGUUGGACCCCUGGAUCUCUGUCUUGUUGACUGAUUCUGAUGUGUAACCUACUCAUGAAACUUGAGACAGAUUUGUCAAUUGGCCCUUGGCACUUUAGAAAGGCACGGAUGAUUCGAGGUCAUGUAUAUAUGUUUGAUACUGGGGAUGGACCAUCAUCACAGGAUACUUCUUUUUUGGUGAGAAGUCACAAGAUACAUUUAUAUCUUCAUACAUAACUCGAACAGCUAUAGAUAUAUUUAGCAUUAAAGCGGAACCAGUGAUGUUUUCUUUUGCUAUGUAAAUACUAUAUUUUAAUCAUUAUUACAAUUUUAAUUUUGACAAAUCAUAUAAUACAUCAUUUUUUAUGGGAUGCACUGGCACUAAUAUCUACUAGUUCCGCUUUUGUACUCUUCAUACUUCAUAUAGAAAUGAAGGAACUCUGGGUCCCAAUGCAGCAUCAGGUUUGUUGCAGGCCUGUAGCCUAAGGCAGAACCAACCUUCUUUUCUUUCCUUUUUAUCAUGCAUUUAUCAUAACAGAUGAGUAACACAUGUCACUAAAGCUAUUCAUCUGGUUAUACCAUCCUUGCUAAAACCAGAAAAUGAUCUGUCUGGUCUGCAGGGGCUUGUUGGGGAUAAAUAAAAGCGGAUGAAGGAAAGGAAUAAACUUUGUGAUCAGGUAGGCAAAAAUCUUCAUGUUCUAAGCCAGAUUGAGGGUAUUGACCUUGAUAGAUUCCAACUCUUCCCAGACGAAUACCAUUUGCAGACACUGGAAACUGGAAAGAUUAUUGAGUGCAUUUCCCCAGCUACAGGUUUUUAGGAACAGGGGGCAGAAAAUCUUGGGUUUGCUGGUAACUAUGUCAAUAUACAAGGAAUCUGUGUUGCAGAAGAUGGAGCUUUGCAUUGCAACGUUGGAAGAACUGAUCCAAGCUCGUUCAAGGCUGCUGGGAUUUGAAGAACAGUCGGUAUUCAGAGGGGCCUGAGGAAUGCGCACGCCAUCUGACACAGGAAGCUUGGGGCACUAUCCAGGAUUGAGAUCCCUGGUGACCGUGUAUUUUAUGAGGAUUUUGUUUCAUGGUAUCUGUGCUUUAAACUGGAGAAAAACAGAACUGGGUGGCUGGUGGCUCCCAGUUAUAUUGGAGUAAUCGUUUAUUCCGGUAACGCUUUCAGGCUGUUACUGGCCUCAGUUUAGGUUGCACCGUGCUUAAAUUCGCUUCGUUAUACUGAUCACACCAUCUCCGGCCGCAUGACGGCUUUGUUUCAUCUCUGUCUCCCAUGCUUCUCUUGCACAGCAGGUAUGUAAGGGUGUGUGGAAGGGAUGACUGUUGCAUGUAUCUUUAAAAAAUAAGAUGUUUUGGCUUCAGCAAUUUUGAUCCAUAGCUAGUGAUUUUUUUUUCCAGGGUUGAUAUUGUAAUACGGUCUGCAAUCUUGAAUGAUUCCAUAUGGACAAAUGCGUGGUAUCUCCUCUUUUCUAUUGGAAAUGCAUGCGACCCUCCGGCCUGUUGGAGGCAUUGGUUCCGUGUGGUGUUCGUGUUGGAGCGUCGAGAGGUUGUAUGCAAGAGGCGCCGAGCCGGGAAUCCCUGAAACAGAGGGAGGAGAGGAGAUCGAACAGGUUCGAUUACGACUCCACGAGACACGGAACGAUUCGAUCGGGACACCAGAACACAGAUACUACCGAGUAAUCCGAUCGGGAGUCCUUUCCAUGCAUCCACC